UCUCCUUAGAACAAAGCAUGUCUGGCCGCGGCAAAGGCGGGAAGGGGCUGGGGAAGGGAGGAGCCAAGCGCCACCGCAAGGUGCUGCGCGACAACAUCCAGGGCAUCACCAAGCCCGCCAUCCGGCGCCUGGCUCGCCGCGGCGGCGUGAAGCGCAUCUCCGGCCUCAUCUACGAGGAGACCCGCGGGGUGCUCAAGGUGUUCCUGGAGAACGUGAUCCGGGACGCCGUGACCUACACGGAGCACGCCAAGCGCAAGACGGUCACCGCCAUGGACGUGGUGUACGCGCUCAAGCGCCAGGGCCGCACCCUCUACGGCUUCGGCGGCUGAGCGUUUCACUUGCUUAUCCCGUUCCUCCAAGGUCCUUCUCAGGGCCACCCAUGAAAUCUGUGAAAGAGCUGUAGACUAAAGACCCUUGAUUUCCUAACACCUAAACAUUUGGCAGUUUUGUCAAAAUAGCGGUUUUACAUAAACAGUCGCCAAGGUUACUGCAACUCAGUGCCCCUUUCGGCAUCACCUAGUGGUUAGAAGUGCCGGAUCCUCUGAUAGACGACCAAAUGUAUAACGCCUCUGAUUUCUCCAAAAGCUACGAUAGCAUAACGGCCGGGUUCAUGUAGCUUGUAUGGAUUACUUCAACUGCAAGGGCCGUGUAACUGACAGCGUGGUCCGCAACACCCAAAAUGCUUCACUAUCGCCCUUCGCAGAAAGUCGGUCCACCCUCAAAACAUUAAGUACGUUUAA